AUUCUACUCUGUAUACUGUCACCUGGUGCCAAUCACAAUUGACAGUACUGGGAUAACCUCUCGAGGGAGUCAAGAAGUCGUGAGUUUGGCUGUGUAUCGCAGUGCUUCUGAGUUGGUGUGCACACUGCCUGUAAACUCUAUCAGGAGCUACUCGAUCAAAGUCAGCAAUGAUCAGAUGAAAACCAGCACAGCAGAGGCGUUGUUUGUCGUCAACAAACCAUGUUCUGUGUGUUCAGUAAACAACACAGAUGCCUCAUGCACAAUCAAGGCUGGAUCUAACCAGUGCCUGAUUGAUGGAGAGUGCUAUGCUGCGAAGGCCAUAAAGGACUCCUGCACAAUAUGUGAGCCGGGUACCUCCACAACCUCCUGGACCAGUCUGUCAGCUCCAGGCUGCCCCACGCUCCGCACUGAAGACAGUAGUCGUGUUGUGAUAGGAAUCUCUGUGGGCAUAGCUGUAGCCUUCCUCAUUGCCAUCAUCGUAACGGGCUACUUCCUCUGUACAAGACGCCAGACCAAAGACUCCGACCUCUUGAAUGGCUCUGAUCAUGAAAGUGGCGGGUACCACAGGACCUAUGAUGGCAACUAUGGUUUGCGAACAGAGAAACAGCUGUCCUUCUACAACACCACAGCCAGGGACAUCUAUGAGCCCACUCUCUGAAGCCCUUCACUAGAACUUCUGUAGCUCAUGUAUAAUAAUAAUAUAACAAAACUAUAGGUUUUAUGACAUGAAACAGAUCAGGUAUAGUAAAUAUUAACUACUAGUAUCGAGGUAUUUCUGUUUAGAUGAGCCUCUACAUGCUUCUAUUUGAUGCUCCGGUGACAAUAGUAUUGUACUUAAACCACAUCAUAAGUGAUUAAAAUGUUAGGUAUGUGAAUCUGUUGAAGUAAUGUGUUAUUAUGAUUGGAUCUUUUGAAUAUCAAUUUAGACUAUAUGGUUUGUGAAAAGUUGUCAAAGAAAAUGUAGUAAUUAGUAUAUGUGGUAUGUUUGUUAGUUAUACAAUAAUAAACGUCUAUACUAUGCAUAUAUUCAUGUGUUGUCUAAUACUUAUAAGAGUCUUUAUUGACUUUUGCGAAAAUCAAUCAAGAGAAAACUUUAUUUUUGAUAAACUAUUUUCAGUGAUUUUUGUCAUAUUUUCUCUAUUUUGUAAUAAACUCUAUUUUCAUA